AUGGACCCUGAAUCUGCCCCAGCAGAACUCAACUGGUCGGCGCAAUACACCCUCGCACAACCAACUCGAAACACUACGCUGCCAGGCGACAAGAUCCUUCUCCCGCCCUCGGCGUUGGAGCAACUGCUGUCAGCCGCUCCCGUCGUGGCCGUCGAUGCAGAUCGUCCGCACAUCACCGCCUUCGACCCCUUCAAUCCUUACACAUACAACGCCGAACGUCAGGCACGAGCCCAGUUUCAGGACCGCCACCAGCAGUUGCCGCAUCCGCUGACGUUUCGCCUCGUCAACCCUGACAAUGGCCGAGUUGUCCAUGCAGGAAUACGCGAGUUCUCCGCAGAGGAGGGCGAGAUUGUCCUGAGUAGCUUCUUGAGGGAAGCACUGGGUAUUGAGCCACAGCCCACAGAAAACUCCCGGAUAAACACCCCAAAUGGGCUUCCAGACGAUGAUGAGCACAUGGGUAAUGGUGUCGAACCAUCCGUCACCAACGGCCACACACGAACGAACAUCACAGUGCACGCUAUACAAUUACCCAAAGGCACGUUUGUGAAGCUACGGCCGCUCGAGGCUGGCUAUGAUCCCGAGGAUUGGAAGUCGCUACUAGAAGAACACCUGCGAUCCAACUUCACGACCUUGACGAAUGGCGAGGUUCUCGUGGUAUACGGCGGUCGUGCGCCAGGUGGCAAGCGAGAAGAGUUUCGCUUCCUGGUAGACGGCUUCAAACCAGAAGGGGAUGGAAUCUGCGUGGUAGACACUGAUCUCGAGGUCGACAUCGAAGCCCUGAACGAAGACCAGGCACGCGAAACCUUGCAAAGGAUCAUGGCCAAACGACAACGAGCGCCCGGCACAACAGAAGGCAGCUCUGCUGGCGGCACAAUCGACAUCUUCAAGGCGCAGGAGGGACAGGUGCGGGAAGGAGAGUAUGUAGACUACGAGCUUCCAUCCUGGCAUCGGUCACAAGGACUCGAAAUCUCCCUAGAGAAACUGGACGAAGACGAUGAAAUCGAUUUGUUCGUCAGCCCACACUCGCCACAUCAGCAGGUUCGACCACGGAUAGAUGAACAUGUUUUUGCAGACAUGUCGAGUCAGCGAUCCAAGCGUAUACGCUUACAACCAACGAAUGCGGAACUGGAUGAUGCCGAGUCCGUCUACAUCUCCGUACAUGCAUACCCCUCAGGAGAGCCUUCGAACACGCUCAAGGCCUAUCGUUUACAAGUCUCCCUGUUUGAUCCCAAAUCGACAGCAGCAACAGACGGAAAUGAUAGCAUAGAAACAACACAUGGACCCGAUGAAGUUCAGUGUAAAAAUUGCACGCAGUGGGUUCCCAAAGGCUCCCUCUUCCUUCACGAAAACUUUUGUCUGCGAAACAAUAUAUUAUGUCCUCAACGGUGUGGUCAGGUUUUUCAGAAGCGCUCACCAGCCUUUGAAGCACACUGGCAUUGUCCCCACGACACUUUUACUGGAAACACCCCUCUCAGCCGCCAAAAACACGACACGAUCUACCACACCGAGCAAUCGUGUUCCUCGUGUCCUCUCAUAUUCCCCUCCAUCCCAACACUCGCCCACCACAAAACCACAGUCUGCCCCGGGAAGCUCAUCCUCUGCCGCUUCUGCCACCUACAAGUUCCCCAGGAAGGUGAUCCCACCGAACCACCGAUUCCCGAACUCCUGCUCUCCGGUCUCACGCCCCACGAGCUAGCCGAUGGUGGUCGCACGACUGAGUGCCAUCUUUGCAAUAAGAUUGUGCGCUUCCGCGACAUGGACACCCAUCUCCGACAUCAUGACCUUGAGCGCUUGUCCCGUCCAGCACCGCGCCUAUGUCGCAAUGUGAAUUGCGGACGUACGCAAGACGGCGUCAACAAGAUGGGUGAUACACGGGCCGGGACACGAAAGGGUCAGGGCCCGGGUAACGAGAUCGGGUUGUGCAGUGUGUGUUUUGGCCCGUUGUACGUGUCAUUGCAUGAUCCAGAGGGCAAAGCGCUACGUCGACGUAUCGAGAGGCGGUAUCUGAGCCAGUUGCUGACAGGCUGUGGGAAGGCGUGGUGUAGGAACCCCUAUUGUCGGUCUGGACGGAAGAACCUCGGCGAAGGCGACAAGUCCAUUCCAACGAAAGAAGCCAUGCCCCUGGUCAAGCCGUUUUUGGACGGCAUGGACGGCAGAGGGUAUAGCACGCCUUUGCAUUUUUGCGUCGAUGAGCGCAGCCAAAAGUAUCGGACGCUGGCGGACAUGUUGGCGGCCGAACAAGGCAUCGAGGGGAAAGGUGGCUAUGGCCUUGAGUGGUGUGUGGCAGCUCUCGAAGCGGAAGGAGGAGAUUUGGAUAAAGCGAGGAGUUGGUUGAAAGGCUGGGCUCCGCAGCGUACCGAGGCUGCGUCGUGA